AUGGACGCGGUGGAAACGGUGGAUGCAGGAGAACUUGUGGCUAAUCAUAUUUAUUUUGUAUUUUUACCGUUGAUAGAUCAAACCUUGCGAACGAAAACUGCGGCUCCUGCUGCGAGUGAGAAUACUAAUGGAGAAACUGAGACGCAGUCGCCGUCAGACCGCAAGUCGCAACAGCAAGUGCCAGCGAAAUCGCCACCGACGGAUAAGCCCGCCAAAUUUCAACAGCCGCAGACCAACGGACAUACGGAUCAGUUGGGCGAUGUGAAUGGACACAGCACAGCUUCUGAAAAGCAGCCGUCUGAGCAAUUAAAACCAACCAAUUCUCCCGGUAUCCCUGCCAAGGGGACCGCUCCAAAGCCCGUUCCUGGAAGGCGCAACUCGUGGAUAUCAUCUAUAAGUUCGAAGUUUUCGACAGGGAACACGCCGCCGGCGCAAGGGGCACCCAAGGAAAAUGCUGGCACGUCCCCUAAACCGAGUCCUCCCGUUGCGAAACAAGACUAUAACGCGUUUGGCGCUUCGUUUUCGCCAAAGGAUAAAGACGAGCGAGCUAAUGAUCCCAAUAACCCGUUCACAUCGACGUCGCCCAGGAAUCCCUCAUUCUUACAAAAUGCCUUUCGCAAGCUUUCUUCCGGCGCGAGCGGAAUGGGGAAGACGACCCAGCAAAGCGCGCCAUGCCAGCGUCGUGUGAUGAAUGUUGAUGCCGACCGCGAUCGAUGCAAAGUACCUGAGCUGAAUCAGGCGAAACUGAAACGAGUUGCUUUUUGUGUUGAUGUUGAAAUAGCUGGUUUUUCUACCCGUGAGGAGGACGACACUGCACAGUCCGAGCCGGGUAAUCUGCCACGAUCACACGCUGGCAAGACGAAAGGCAAGGAGAAGGGCGAGGCAGCGGCGUUGAAAGACCCGGAUGCUGUUGUCAAGGAAUGUGAGAAAUCAGAAACUGCGAAUGGUGACGACAAGCCUGCUUCGCCUCCAAGUGCAGACGGCGAAACGAAGACUGAACCUGCGCCAAAAGAACCGACUAGGAAACAAGAGAAAAAGAAACGGUCUGAAGAAGAGCGCAAGGUGAGGAAAGAGCGUAAAAGAAGACAAGCAGAAGCAAACGGCUCGAUACCCAUGCAAUUAAAGGCAGGCGAAGAAGAAGAUAGCUCAAGACCCUCAACUACUGGCUCCUCACGCCCCAGAGCACAGAACCAUCCUACCACUGAUCCCGUUCGCAUUUACCGUCGUUGCUGUCAGCUCCGCGAAACUCCAGUCUUGAAGAGACUUGUUGAACGGAUGACUUCUCCAUCAUCCACACUUGCCGAAGCUCCCGGUACUGUGGCGGUUCUUGACCUCACAGACUUUCCUAUGACCCUACCAGAUAUUGUCACAUUCAGCGACUGGCUUGCGAUUGUCCCGGUCCGGAAAUUGAUUAUGGAGAAUUGCGCGCUCACUGAUGAAGCGGUUCGUUCGAUUUUAGCGGGUCUUCUAUCAACUAAGACUAUGCAACAAGCCCGGAUCAGCCGGAGGGCUAUGAAGCAGUCAACCACGCCCAAAAUACGGCCAUUCGGCAUUGUGGAGAAGCUUUCUUUGAAAAAUAACCCGAAAAUCGGACCGGAAGGAUGGCGUCACAUUUGUCUAUUUAUCCAUCUCUCUAGAUCUCUCAAAGCGAUUGAUCUUUCUGGUGUCCCAUUUCCCAAAAAGCUGGUCACAGCAAAUGAUACCAUACGAGCUCAGAAGUCCCCAAGUGAUAUCGGGACAACGCUUUCUGCAUCUUUGACGACACGCUUUGGCGGUGAUCGGCUUGAAGAGCUACUCCUUAGCGAGAGCCAGCCAUCUACAGAAGAUGUCGCAAAGAUUUGUGAUGCGGCAAGUUUCGUUGGGUUACGCCGACUGGGAUUGGCCAGCAACGGCUUAACUAGAGAAGGCUUAGAGCAUGUUUGUCGAUACUUCCAAUCUGGCAAAUGUGAAGGGCUCGAUCUCGGUGGGAACGAGUUGGGGGGCCAUCUAGAUGUUCUUAUACCUGCAUUGAACGUAUCCAAUCCGGCCAUGGCACUUAGUUUCGCUGACUGUGCAUUAACUCCAAGUUCGAUAUUCCCUUUGCUUCAAGCAUUUCCAUCCAUGCCUAACUUUCGAUUUGUGGACUUCUCACACAACCCAGCACUGUUUGCAAACCAGCCAGACUCGUUAUCAAUGCUUAGGCGAUUUCUUCCUAAGAUGUCGCAUUUGAAACGGAUACAUUUGGCAGACGUAGAUCUAUCGCCAGAUCACGCCAUUGCUCUUGCCGAAGUGUUGCCUGAAUGCCCUAGUUUGUGCCAUUUGAAUAUAUUGGAGAACCAAAGAAUCGCGAGUCUUACCUCAACCACGGACCCAGCCAGCCAAGAGGAAGCCUGUGCGGUUUAUGCUUCUCUUAUGGCCGCUGUGCGUGUCUCAAGAACCUUGAUUGCGGUGGAUAUCGAAGUCCCUAGUGCCGAAAGCAGCGAAGUCGUCAAAGCCCUGGCCUCCCAGAUUGUCGCAUAUUCGCUUCGCAACUUAGGAGCUAUCGAGGACAUUGAUGGCUCAGAUGCAGCUCAUCGCCCCGGCGUGCAAGUACCCGAAGUACUUCAGCAUAUCGUCGGUCAUAACGACGACGGCACGACAGUGAGUACUAUUUCAGACGACCCAGCUCCAGAUGAAGACUAUGUCAUUGGAGGAACAGGCGUCGUCAAAGCUCUUGGUGUGUGUCUUGGUAACGUUGACCGCCAUCAUCCUGAGCUUGGAGCUGCAUCCCGACCUGGCAGUGGCCACUCAACUCCCGUACACCGUCUCUCUGCAUCGAUUAGCAGUACAACCAAGAAACCAAGGGAUAUGUCUAAGAAUUUACUUGGUUCUGCACGCAACAUCAAAGCUAGAAUUCAGAUUGCCCUUAUCCGGGAAGACAAGGCGGGCAAUGAUAACAACUACAGACGUUUGCAAUUCCUCGAUCAUACGCUACAGAAAAUGAUCAACCGUUUUGAAGAAGAAUACCCCGAAUGCCGCAUUGCCACCGCGGAAACAUCUUCACUAGAAUCCAGUGAAGAUCGCCACGAAGAAAUUGCGGCCGCCACAAGUCCCCCAGUAGAUAUUCCCUACAGUGCCGCUGUGGAUGAUGAAGAAGCAGAUCUAUUUGCCAUCCGACUGUCACGCAAAGGCUCAAACACUUCUCUGCAUUCCCGGGCCCUUACCUCCGAAGAAGGCCGCAUCCACCGUAUUGGUCAGAAUCUCAGGCGAGACUUCCUCGAGCCAUCUCUCAACCCAUCAGAGGAAGGAUUGCCUUUAUCUGGAGAUGAAUCUCACGUCCACGCUCUUCGGGAGAAGCUCAAGGGGCUGAAGGGCGACGAAAUCCGCUCUCGCGUAGAAAGUGUCGGAGCCGACAAAGCUUUCCAGGAGCUGGGAUCUACUGUCGAGGAGCUCUGGAUUAUUCAACAGCAAGAUCAAGACGCUUUUCAGAAAUUCAAACAAAGCCAGAUUGCUGCCCAGAUCAAUGCUGGCCUGCGCCCGCCUUCUUCUCAGGGUGAAAAGCCCACUCCAUCGACAUAG